ACUUUGUAGAUCUUGUGACGUCCGCUCGUCUUCGCCCCGCACGCCAUCUAUCCUCGAGAAACAGAGCCACCGAGAAAAUCAUUUCUAAUAGUAAUAAUACAUUCAUCUCGUCUCAUACGCACUCUUAUCACUAUUCAUUUCGCGUGCUUCGAUCGUGCGGGAAGAGAGAGAAAGAUCGAGAGAGAGAGAGAGAGAGAGAGCAGAGAGCGGGAACUCUGAUUCUUUUGGUUCGUGUCGAAGAGCGAGGGAGAGAGAGAGGGAGAGAGAGAGGAGAGAGAGCAGAGAGAGAGAGACUAGAGAGCGAGCAUGGCGAGCGAAGUAGACAAGGACAAGGUUGAGCAGCCUGAGGAGGAGCAUAGAGAUGACGUCGUUUCCAUCGAGCUUCCAGCUCCCAAAGGCUGGACGAAGCUGUAUACCCCGAAGAAAACUGGAACCCCUCGGAGGAAUGAAAUUGUUUUUAUUACACCAACUGGUGAGGAGAUAAAAAAUAAGAGACAUUUGAAUCAGUUUCUCAAAUCUCACCCAGGAGGCCCUGCUGCCUCUGAAUUUGACUGGGGGACAGGUGAUACUCCAAGGCGUUCUUCAAGAAUAAGUGAGAAAUCAAAGGCAACAGAGACACCAGAAAGCGAGCCUCCAAAGAAAGUGCGAAAGAAAUCAAGUUCAAAGAAGGGCUCAGAAGAGAAAAAGGUUGAUACUGAUGGAGAUGAUGAGGUUGGAGAAGAUAAAACUGAUGAAGCAGCAAAAACUAGUGAUGUAGAAAUGAAAGACGAGGAGGGGGGUGCAGUUGUAGGUGAGCAGAGUGAGGGCAAGAUUACUGCCAAGGCAGAUGUUACAGCUGUAAACACUGGGAAGGACUCGGAGCAGAAAACUGAGCAAAAGAUUGAUGACUUAAACAUUGAGAAACUGCAGAACCAGGACGAUACUAAUAUAGCUACUUCUGACAGAAAGGAAGAGCAGCAGGGUAGGAAUAGCUCGAUGCCAACUUGUGAGCCGGAGGAAAGGAAAGAGGAAGCUGAGAAACAGCCAAGUCCCAUGCUAGAAGAAAAGAAAGAAACUGAGAAACUGGUAGGGACUAUUAAUGAAGCUGAGAAAGAGGCAGCAAAGCAUAAAGAGCAUGCAGAAGCUCCUCCCCUGCUGCCGGUGCCCGAUGAAAUUGUAUCUUCUGAGAAAGAGGUUAAAGCUUCCGAGGGAACCUGUGUAAAUGUAGAGAAGGACCAUGCAGAGGGGACCAAAGCAGACGCCGACUCUAUUAAAGAAAUGUGUGCUGAGAAGCUGACCAAUGUGGGAGAAGUUAGACCAGAGAAAGGUAGCCUUAGUGAUGGGCAAGGCGUGGAGAAUCAUUCGACGGGGGUUGGGGAAGCGUAGCGUGACCAUCCCCAACAAAAAAAGGGUGCAUCCAAAAUUAGCUGUUGACAUGUUUUUAUUCUUAAAAAGAGGACUUUCCAUGUAUCUGUUUCAUAAUUUCUCCAUUUAUUUUGUCUUUUUGUUGUGUGUUGUUUUGUUGUGGGUUCAAUUAGAGGAUAUCUGACCAACAAGAUCUGUGUUGUAAUUGCGGCUAGAAUUUCUUACAGCAAUUAGAUGAUGUUGAUGUGCAUGCUGCCUAUAGGCGCAUUGUCAUCAUCUAUCAGUCGCUCAGUUCUGUGUGACAGUUUUAACUCAGUAGGCGCACAAUCCCCCUGUCAUUUACUA